UUUGAGUGCCGACGCUUUCCUUGAGCCGGUGGCCGGAGCAGUCAGACCAGGUGUUCCCUACUCCAAACGGGGCAAUUGCCCUGCCAAAUUCGAGCUGCUCCUCGUCGGACUCUACCCUUGGCACAGCCCUUUGCCGAAAAAGGCACAAAGGGGACGGGGUGGGGCACAGCCCCGCUCCUCGUUCCUGCUUUCGGCUGGAGCGUCAAUUCCAAGGAAUUUUCUCUCCCUCCAGUCUUUCCCCUCGGAUAAGCUGCUGUCGCCAAGCCCCAGCCUAGCCCUGAGUGAAGUCCGCGCGUCCCGAUCCUCCCGCAGGUGCCCGAUUUGGGGCUCCCCCCAUCCGAAGUGACCAUGCCAGCUCCGAAGGGAUCCCCGGAUGUGCGGGACCUCACCUUCAGCCUCUGGGACUACGGAGUCUUCGGGCUGAUGCUGCUGAUCUCCACCGGCAUCGGGCUCUUCCACGGGCUGGCCAAAGGCAGCCAGAAAACCUCGGAAGAUUUUUUCACGGGCGGUCGGCAGAUGUCUGCGCUGCCCGUGGGGCUCUCGCUGUCCGCCAGCUUCAUGUCAGCUAUCCAGGUGGUUGGAGUGCCGGCCGAGGCGUUCCGCUACGGGGCCAAGUUCCUCUGGAUGUGCCUGGCACAGCUACUCAACACCGUGCUCACCGCCCAACUCUUUCUGCCCGUCUUCUAUCGUCUGGGGCUCACCAGCACCUACGAGUACCUGGAACGGCGCUUCGGCAGGAGCGUACGACUGUGCGGGACCCUGCAAUACGUGGUGUCCACGAUGCUCUACACGGGGAUCGUCAUCUACGCGCCCGCACUGAUCCUAAACCAAGUGACCGGGUUGGACAUUUGGGCAUCUCUGCUGUCCACGGGGGUCAUCUGCACCUUCUACACCACCAUAGGCGGGAUGAAGGCUGUCGUCUGGACCGACGUGUUCCAGGUGUUUGUCAUGGUCUCGGGCUUUCUCGCCGUCAUCAUCCGCGGGGUGCUGCUAGUGGGAGGUCCCGCCAGGGUGUUGACCAUCGCUGCCAACGGCUCCAGGAUCAACUUCGGAGACUUCAGCCUGGACCCACGGAGCCGCUACACAGUGUGGACCUUCCUGCUGGGUGGGACCCUGGUGUGGCUCUCCAUGUACGGCGUCAACCAGGCCCAGGUGCAGCGCUAUGUGGCCUGCAGGACCGAGAGGGAGGCCAAGAUGGCGCUGCUGGUCAAUCAGGUGGGGCUGUUCUGCAUCGUGGCUAGCGCAGUCGCGUGUGGCCUCAUCAUGUUCGCUCUCUACCGGGACUGUGACCCACUCCUGGCUGGCACCAUCACCACUCCUGACCAGUACAUGCCCUACCUGGUCCUGGACAUCUUCGACAGAACACCAGGGGUACCAGGGCUGUUCCUGGCCUGCGCCUACAGCGGAACCCUCAGCACGGCAUCCACCUCCAUCAACGCCAUGGCCGCUGUCACUGUGGAGGACUUUGUGAAGCCACGGCUGCCAGCGCUGUCCCCAAGGAGCUUGAUGCUCAUCUCCAAGGGGCUCUCUCUCACUUACGGCACCUCGUGCAUCACUGUGGCCGCUCUGUCCUCGCUGCUGGGUGGGGGCGUGCUGCAGGGCUCCUUCACAGUCAUUGGGGUGAUCAGCGGGCCCCUGUUGGGCGCCUUCAUCCUGGGAAUGUUCCUGCCCCUCUGCAGCACGGCCGGCGUACUGGGGGGCCUGGCCGUAGGCUUCGCCCUGUCCCUGUGGGUGGCUGUGGGGGCCACCCUGUACCCACCUAAUGCAGCCACCAUGGGGGUCCUGCCCACCUGGGGGACACUGUGUCCCUUCCGCAACAGCACCAACAGCACCACCCUGCCCGGGCCCCCCCUGGACCCCCAGCGCCCGGCCAUCCUGGGUGACUUCUACGCCGUAUCCUACCUGUACUAUGGUGCCCUGGGGACCCUCAGCACGGUGGGGGUGGGGGCCCUGCUCAGCCUCCUGCCAGGGCCAACCCGGCAGAAACAACGUCCCSAGAGAGUGCUGUGGUGGGACAUCGUCAGGGACACACCCUCGGGGAUCCCCAUGGGAGACAAGGGCCUCGGGGAUGAGCCCCCGGACAAGGCCAGAGCUUCCCAGGUGCUGCUGAAGAGGCCAGACAGGGAGGAAACCCCACCAUGUGACACCUCCAAAGCCAACGCUGCCACCCAGCCACUGCUGAUGCAGGAGAGCGACAUGUAGGGGACAGCUGGGAGACACAGGAACCCUGUGGAGACAGGGGCUAGAGGGAUGGGGACAUGGGGACAUGACCCUGUCCCAAAUAAAGGAGCAGCUGAU